AUGACUGCAGGCAUUUCUCCAAUCUCUCUUACUUAUUAUGGUUUCUGCAUGGGGAAUGGGAAAUUACAACAGGUUUUGCCUCCAUGCCAGAGUGGCCUCCAUUUUGCAGAGAUAAUGUUUACUAAUGAUAAUACAUAUAAUAGCCUUGGAAGGCGCAUUUUUGAUAUUUACAUUCAGAAAAAGCUUAUGCAAAAGGAUUUUAACAUUGAGGAUGAAGCUAGUGGGGCUGGUAAGGCAACUAUAAAAAAUUAUACCACCAUUGUUACAAAUCAAACAUUGGAGAUACGCCUUUAUUGGAAUGGAAAAGGGACAACUAGUAUUCCUACUGGAGGAGUUUAUGGUCCUCUUAUAUCUGCCAUCUCUAUCAUUCCAAAUUUUGUCCCCCCUUCGGAAGGUAGUAGUAGUAGUAUUUCUGCAAGCACAGUAGUUGGUAUUGUGGUUGUUGUAGUAGCUAUCAUCUUCCUAGUUCUGUGUGUCCUCUGGUGGAAAGGUUGUCUAUGGCAUAAAGAUAUAAUAGACCAAGAUUUAAGGGGCCUAGACUUAAAAACAGGUUCGUUUACAUUGAGGCAAAUAAAAGCUGCUACAAACAACUUUGAUCGUGCUAAUAAAAUUGGAGAAGGUGGUUUUGGUCCUGUUUAUAAGGGCCUUCUUUCAGAUGGCACUAUAAUUGCAGUAAAGCAGCUUUCCUCUAAAUCAAAGCAAGGAAAUCGCGAAUUUGUGAAUGAAAUUGGCAUGAUUUCUGCUCUGCAACAUCCUCACCUUGUAAAGCUUUACGGAUGUUGUAUUGAAGGAAAUCAAUUAUUGGUAUUGAAGGAAAUCAAUUUUGCUAGUGUAAUUACGAGUUAUGGAAAAUAA